GCAGGUUACACCACGUGCGCACUCCUAGGCGGGCAGCUGCUGGGGGGCUCGGUGGCUCGAGGAGUACGACAGUGCUUCCUGCUGGUGGGAGGUGUGUUCGGGCUGUCCCCGCUGCUGCGCUCGCUGGCCGGCACCGUGAGCACCGACUCGGUGGUGGCGCUGGCGGGGGGCGGGCUGCUGCUGCACCUGGGGCUGUGCGACUACGGCUUCGUGAACAGUGUCACGGGCCGGCUGACGGGCGCUCUGUCGCUGGGCUCGGGGGUGCUGGCGGCGGUGCUGCUGGCGGGCAGGAUGCGGUCGGAGACGGAGGUGUUCGGCUGCGUGCUGCUUUCCCUGGAGCUGUUCCUGCUGUCGCCCUACGCGCGGCGGCACGUGCGGCGGCGGUCCACCGCGGCGCACCUCGCCCUCACCGCAGCCAUGGUCGCAGCGGCGGCGGGGCUGCUGCUGCUGGCGUCGCCGGCGGCGGCGGUGGCGUUCCUGGCAGCGGUGGCGGCGAUUACCUUUGUGGUGCCGGCUGCGCUGGUGCGCGCGCACAAGUUCAAGGCCAAGAUCAGCGGACCCUGGGAUGAGGCUGCGCCGCAUUUCCCGCAUGAGCUGGUGCUGAGGCGGCGUGCGCGGCAGGAGGAGGGCGAGCUGAGGGAGGAGGAGACCCGCGGGUCGGCACCCUCGGCAGCGAGGGAUGCAGCAGCGGCAGCAGCGUGCGGGUCACGGUGCCGGUAGCUACGGUGUAGUCACGGUUGCUGCUAUUGGAACGCAGCAAAAGCACGGGCGUAGCAGCAGCAAAAGAGCGACGACAGCGAGAGGGGCGCAGCAGCAGCAGCAGCAGCAAAGCGACACACAGCAGGCCAGCGGGCCUGCUGGCCCGCCUGCGUGUUGCGGUGUUGCGGCCGCCCGCCAGCACCGCACAAGGGAGGAUUCCGGCUGCCUCUACCGUAGCUCCAGGCAACCCCGGCCCCCACCUCCGAGCUGGCAGACCUCAACCUGCGGGCUGCGGGACUCUGUCGUGCACCCCGGUACAGACGUUUAGCCCCGGUUUAGCGGUUCCUGUGGGACUUCGAACGAGUCUUUUCAGCAUGAACAGCUCCUGUUGGGUCCUGUUGGUACAAAGGAAUGUUGAGGACUGUGUGCAGGAUUGCAGCGCACAAGUCGGCGGUGCGGGGCCCAUGCUGCAUGCAUCGGGCCCAGGAAAGCCGAGGCAGCAGCAGUCCUUACAACAGAGUGUACCAUCUCUCACCAUCAGGGUAAUAUAACUGCGCUUUCUAUCUAGCACUAGUUUUAAGGACAACUCCUGAUGAAA